CCAGCCUCAACCGCAUCUUCACAGCAUCCUCCAGCUUCUUCUCCAGCUUCUUCAGCUUCUUCUUCAUUCACCUCUUCAGCUACACACAUACUUUAUAAUCACCUAAUCCACUCUUCACCCUAACCCACCUUCAAAAUGCAAUUCAAAAUCGUCGCCACCCUCUUCCUCGCCUCCGUCGCCUCGGCCGCCGACAUCAUCGGCUGGACCGGCAGCGGCUGCGGCGGGACCUCCCUAGCCUGCCGCGGGAUCCAAGAGAACAUCUGCUGCAACUUCAACAUGAACGUGCGCAGCGUGCGGUGGACGCUUCCCGCCUCAUCCCGCGGCAUCGGCUACGCAGGCAACAGCUGCAGAUCGACGUCGUCGACGCCGGUGCAGGGCGCCAAGUCAGCCGCGUGCUUCAACUACGCGUGGAAUCUGCGCUCGGCCAAGUGGAUUCUUGGGUCUGGUUCGCGCCGCCGCGCGGUGGUCGCCCGCGCCGCUGAGGACGACGAGUGCCAGAAGCCGAACGAGUAUUCUUACUACUCGGAGAAUAAGAAGCAGAUGGUCACCAAGAAGAUCCCCGCUGAGAAUGCGGAUGAGGUCCUGAAGUGGAUCGAGGACGGCGAGUGGGUCAAGAUUGAGGGGCUUGAGGAGGUUGCUGAGGGGCAGGAUUUGUAGAGUGGGAACUCUGCUCUGCGAGGCUCGGGCUUUGAGGGAGGAAGUGACAUAAGUUGUAUGAUGGAACGAGGGCGAGGGAGAGGAUAGGUGGAAGGCGGGAAUGGGAGACUGAUGAGAGAAGGACAAGGGGGAGGGGAGAGUCUGGGUUAUGGUGGUGG